AUGGAUUCUCGGUUCGAUAAGGGGGAUGUUAUGCCAGUAUUAUCUCUGAGGGCUCAUUGGUUUGGCCUAACAAGUCUUGUUCGGCAGCAUAUCUACCUCGCUACCGUCAACCCCUUUCAUGAAAACGGGCUUUCAAGCGCAGAAAAUCCUCUCGCUAAUUGGACCUCGUCUCCUCGGCCAACCCCCUGGUGGCAUGAAAGAUACCACAAGCGAUUAAUCAAACAGGUCAUCAAUCUACUGACUUCGUUACCAUGUUAUCUCUACGAACCGUUCGGCGGGGCCCGGAAUCCAGUGGUUCUCGUUACCAGCGGCUUAGGAUACGUGGGCAGUCAUGUCUGCAUUGAACUUCUGCGCAAGGGCUAUACCAUUCUAAUUGUCGAUGAUUUGACGAAUUCUUUCGGCAGCGUGGUACAAGAUAUCAGGCUAACGCUGGAAGCGUCCGGUCUGGGGAAUUUGCCGUCAAGGAGAUUAAUACACAUUCCGAUCGAUUAUGGAGACCCCAUUUCCCUAGAUCGGGCCCUAGUCUUCUACAGCCGGUACCUAAGGGUUACGGGAGUAAUACAUCUUGCCGCGUCGAAGUCCGUUGCGGAGAGCUUGAAAAAUCCUUGGAAAUAUUAUGAAAAUAAUGUGAUCAAGAUGGAAAGAUUCUUAAGGGUACUAGGGAAACAUGGGAUUCGAAACGUUGUAUUCUCGUCAUCGGCGACGGCUUACGGAUGCUUACCAUCAGAAAUGGCGUCCAAGGCGUUGAAUGAGGAUAUGGUACCCAUCAUCGGACUUGACGUCGAUAUAAAGGAUACGACUGCUGGGUUAACGCCAUACGGCAUUUCAAAGAUAUUCGGCGAAGCGAUGAUCAAGAAGUUCGUGGAUGAUCAUCCUAGACGGAGAGCUGUGGUGUUUAGGCUCUUCAACCCGGUUGGCAGCGAUCCCUCCAGUUAUCUAAAGGAGAAUCCGAGAGAUUAUCAAUGGUGUGUUGGAGGGGUUAUGCAAAUGAUUAAGAAAGCUGUAGUGGAUGAUACAGUGUUUCAAGUUUUUGGAGGAAGUGGGGAUGGCGGAGAUGGUAGCUGUAUUAGGGAUUUUGUGCACGUGGGGGAUAUUGCGAGGGGGUUUGUCAUGGGGUUUGAGGAUUGUCUACGUGCAGACGAGACGAAGAAAAGAUGUAAAGUGUAUAACCUAGCAAGUGGAAAGGGGGUUUCUGUUAAGCAACUUUUGAAGGAGGUGGAAAAUGAAAGUGGGGCGAUUGUGAAGAUUGAGGAUUGUCAGAAGAGGAGGGAAGGGGAUGUGCCUAUUUCGAUUGGAGACAUGGAAAAGGUUAGAAAUGACUUGGGGUGGAGGCCUGAGGCGAGGCUCACCGAUAUUUGUAAGCACUUUUGUAGGGCUUAUGGUAUUGGAAAAUAUGCUGGAGAAGGAUCAUAUUCUCGAAAUUGA